ACAUUAUCGUUUUACUUGUGAAGAACAACCCUGGGUUGCCUGCGUCAGGGUGCUCCGCCCCGCCCGCUUCCCUUCCGAAUCCGACUCCUCUUGUAUGUUUCUCACGUCGUGAUAUGAUUCGCGGCCACGGGGCAUUACAGGCUCGCCACCCGUCGCCGACGAGCAGAGCUAGGGAGGAGAAGGAGAAGAUGGGUGGCGGGAUGGAGGUGCACAAGAACCGGUGGAUCGAGGAGUGGAACGCCGGCCGCGAGAACCUCGAGUUCAACUUCCGCUGGACGCGCCGCAGCCUCGCCGUCGUCGGCCUCUUCGGCCUCGCCGUCCCCAUCCUCGUCUACAAGGGCAUCGUUCGCGAAUUCCACAUGCAAGAUGAGGUUGCAGGAAGACCGUUGAGGAAGUUCUUGUAACAUGAAGAAUUAUGCUCACUUUGUUUCAAGAAAUAAGUGCUUUUGCCAGAUCUUGGCACUUUUAACUUGCUUGAGAAACAUAAUAAUACUCAAUUCUCUGUAAGCACUUUAAGUUGUUGUGUGUUGCUCCCAGUGUUUCUUUGAGGAACCUAUGUACCUUCAAUAUGUAAUUGUUGUUGUGCUGGUGGGUUCUGGUUUUUCAGUAAGCUGGUGCACCCGUGCUUUGGUAAAAA